CAAGGAUCUACCGAAUCUAGGUGUCUUUUGGGUGAUCUGGCGGGAUCCCAACACUGCCUGGUGGCAUAUUGGCAUUCUAUCCUUCCUGCUGCCUGCCAUCCACCACACCCGACAUUUGCGCUUGUUGUCUGGCGUAGUGCCUGGGCACACCCUAUUACCUACACGAAAUAAUACACCGAGACUGCCCCAGCGGUUUCGCCCGAUUCACCACCGUCCCGCCCCGUCGUCCGCCCCGUCUUCCAAUAUGCAACACGUCCUCUUGUCAUUUUUCCUGCUCGCCUCGGCUGCUGUUGGCGCCCUGGCCUCUGAUGAGCUGAAGAUUGACGUGACGCUCCCUGUUGAGUGCGAGAGGAAAACCCAAAAGGGAGACAGAAUCAGUGUUCAUUAUCGCGGCACUCUCCAAUCCAAUGGCCAGAAAUUCGAUGCUAGCUACGACCGCGGAUCGCCUUUCAGCUUCAAGCUGGGGGCCGGGAUGGUGAUUAGAGGCUGGGACGAGGGCUUGCUUGAUAUGUGCAUCGGCGAAAAACGGACCCUCACCAUUGCUCCGAGCUACGGCUAUGGAGAUCGAAGCGUCGGUCCCAUCCCAGCAGGCUCUACCUUAGUUUUCGAGACUGAGUUGAUGGGAAUCGAGGGUGUUCCCCAACCUGAGUCGAUUGUUACGAAGCCCGCCGCUGAUAGCCCUGCGUCCUCGUCUAGCCAAAAGGUGGCCGAGAAGGUUGCAGGCGCAGUGAGCGGAGCCGCGGAGGCCAUCAAGACCGUGGUUGCCGGUACCGAUGAUGUUCAAGAGCACAAUGAACUCUAAGAUACCCCAACACCAAGAGCUGGGAUGUGGCAGAUUUACAGCAUUGCGCGCGGUGUUGCCGAGACCUAGCUCAUUCGCGCCAGAGGCUCUGGAGGUGUUCCGAAGCUGCUGGUUGGUAAAAGUUUGGAUGGACGCUGUCGCAAUUUCUACCAGUUGAAUACGCUUACGCUUUUAAACUGUUGUUGGACGUUCUGUCGCUUCUCGCUCACAUUCGUCGAACAGUGCGCUCAUACAGGAUCGAUGCACUCUGGCUCGGCCCUAGCUUGUUGGUUUGUCUAGGGAGAGCAGACAAGACCUGGAAAAUAUCAUUGAUGUUUAGACCUAGCUAACACAAGCGCGGUGGGAACCAGUUCUACCGGGUUAGGGGUUGUUGCCGCGAACGAUAGCUCCCCAAAAAGUCGCCUGCAAGGCUGUCUUCAGGAAUUCAU